UGAUGAUGAUGAUGAUAUAUUGCUGUUGUUGAAUACUGUAACAACAAAGUUAAUUUAGUUAUGAGAAUUAUAUGUCUUACUUAAACAGACUACUAGAAUUAAACAAGUUUCAUCUCAGUAACUCAGUAAGUUAAAACCUAGUAAGUGUGAUUUUAAUAAUAAAACUAGCUGUUAAUGAUGCUCAGUGUAAGUAGUGAGGAGUUUCUCUGAGUGGAAAUGUUAGAAAUAAUAAUAAUUAACAAAAAAAAAACACUAUUGGUUUCUGUAAAUAAAUAUGAUAACUUGCCUAAUGUAUAUAAUAUUCAAGUCGUUUUCUUAUAUAAACAGUAAAAAAUGGAUGAAAUGUUGUGGGGGUUUGUGAUGCUGUGAUGCUUGUGGGUUCCACACUGGAUGUGGUCAGUAACAUAUACACUAUAAUAAACUAGUUAUUUAUACAUUUAAGAGUGGACCAAGACCCGAGCCCUGAGGAGCUUCUGUAGUGAGAACGUGAACUUUUGAAGGCUCUGAGUGAUUCCUAUUAACAUGUUCACUUUAAAAAACAUAUUAUAUUUAAGAAUUACACCAAAACUGCAGUGUAGUGAAUUGUGAUACUCGGCUGGAAUGAGUAUUAUACUGGGAAUUUCUCCCAAGGUUUUACUUUUCAAGUGGCGAAAUUGUUGUUUAAGCUUCUUCUAGGUGCUGAGUCACUUCCUGUUCGUUAGGAAAUGUGUACAAAAUGAGCAACUCGAAUACGCUGACGGCGUCUGAAGUGUUUAAAUCUUGCUACAUCUUUUACGCCACACUAUUGAAAAAGUGCUUGUGGUUUUUUUUUUUUCACACCAGUGGAGCAGAUGAUACAUCACUUUUUAAUCCCCUUCAACUAUCAGCAGUGUCUGAGAAGACAAGUUGUGCAACAGCAUUUUAAGAUAAGCUGUGAUUCAGUUACGCCCUCUAGUGGAGGUUAAGAUCUUUAUUUACUCUACAAGCAGAAAUUCUCUUCACUUUUAGGACUGUACCUGUUUGUAGCUUUGUUUACAGAAACAAAACUGUAGAAGAAAACUGGGAUGUGAAGUCCACUGUACCUUUUGACAUAGAAAGUUAAUGUACAGCCCCUAAUGAGGCAGGUGAGACAUCAUGUCCUCUACAGCACUUCCAAGAGAAUGUGUUUAUUGAGGGAAAUCGGCCAAAAUAUGUACAGGAUCUGCACAUGGAGGCUCAGGAGGGCCUGAAACUCCUGCAGCAAGAUGAAAACAGAAACGGUGUGGACUAUCAGGACGACCAGAGCGUCAUUUCAACAGUGACGGCUCGUACGGACGACGAUAUGAGCUUCAGUGAACUGAGAAUGUCCGAGUCUGAGAGUACUGCUGCUGAUACGAUCUCCACACGUUCCAUCACUUCCUAUCAGUCGUCACGUUCCGGACUCACACGCCAAGACUCCACCUUCAGGCCACUGAAAGAGGACAAGAAACACAAGAAGAGCAAAUCGAAGGGGAAAAAGGCGGGUAUGGUCAAAGGAAUACCAAGACAUGUACAGAAAGAACUUGGGCUUGACCGAGCUGCGUGGAUAGCGUCCCAGUUCACUGAUGCUCAGCUAUCCAAUGGAGGUGUGAGCAUUUCCACCGUCAUUCCCACUCUGGAUAGCAUAUCCAUCGCCUCGGUCCCAGACGGAGCAAUAAUGCACCUGCAGAACAGUCUUCAGGCUAUAAUGGAGGAUAAAACACAGAUCCCUCCACAGGAGGGACAGCAGGAUGACCUCUCUCUACUCCAGCACCUGUUCCCACAGUCGUUUGAUCCACAGAGACCGAAUUCACUAGCUGUUCCCUGGAUGACCACGUCAGGAACCUCUUCAUCCAAUCCAGUGAUGUAUGUCUCCCCUGAGGCCACGUACAUGUCCAAGAUCAUCCCAAAUGCGAUACUGCCUCCAUCUGUGGACGUGGUUGAACUCAGCCGCAACAGAAGUCGCAGUAGCGUUCGCAUGGUGAGCAAGAGCAGCCUGGCAUCGGCCAGUCCAGCUCCAUCAAGAGCCUCAUCCCGGGCAUCCUCACGACUCUCCUCACGAGCUCCAUCACUGAUGUCCUCACGGGUCUCUUCUCGGGCUUCCACCUAUCGGACUGCCAGCCUCUCGGAGUGCUCUGGCUGGAGCCGCUCAGGAUCAUCCGAGACACUCGUCUCGGAUUCUUCCACCAUUUCUAGCAGCAGCACUCCUCGAGUAGCCAGCAGGACAAGUCAGGCAGAGGACGAUUCUAGACCUCCCAUGGUCAGAUAUAAUUCUGGUGCCCAAAAUACCUCUGUUAAGCCUGUGCAGUUGAAUGGUAACAGCCAACAAGAGGAAGCCUGGAAGAAGUCAGGCUCCACAGGUCCUUUUAAUCGCAGCCUAUCAGUGAUGAAAAAGAGCAAGAAACCACCACCUCCCCCAAGUCGUUCAUACUCGCUGCAUUCACGUACGUAUGCAAGAACCAUAACUGAGCAUAAGUCUUUGGAAAAUGGGUCUCAGAAAGUGGAAUCGCCGUACAGUGCCUAUACAAGUCAGAACGGCAGCACAGCUGUUCCAUCUAAAGGGAACUUGACCAGCCAGAGAGCAGUGUUGGCAGAGCUACAAUUAAAGAAAGGCCUUCAAAUGCAAAAAGGCAACAUACCCUAUUCACAAACUAAUGGAAGGAGUCACCAGAAUAAUCUCAAGCAUUUCCUACCAUCUAUUAAAAGUCUAACCGCUAAUGGUAGAGUUGCUUCACCAGCUGUGACGACUCUUAUGGCGCUCCUUGAUGUUCCAGAUCCUCCCAAUGUUCUAGCUCCACCUCCACCUCCUCCUGAGACAUGGGCACACAAUCAGCGCACCUUCGAACUACUGUGUGGACCUGGACCUGUCAACUUGGAGUGCUGGGCCCAAAAGAGAGGUCUGAAGUUUGAAGUUCCAAUCCAGAUGGCACAAGGGAAAAUACCAGUGACAAGUCAAGCAACAAAUGUAAUGAAGGACAGUAUAGUAGCACCUAAAAUGCAAACUCAAGAAGCCGUGGCCUCAGACACGCAAUAUAGAACUACUCCUACACAGACGUCCGUUGAUGUUCAGCCUCGUUAUGGCAACACUCUGCCUUUACCCGGGCUUACCCAUGUCCGUCCUUCCCCAUCUCCUUCACCACCUCCUGAACAUAUACCUCCCCUGCCCCCAACAGACCAAGUAAAACCUCUAAAAGAAGAUUCAUCCGCCCAGUUCCAAGGAUCUGAUGAGAUCAUAUGUCCCCCUCCACACCCUUUGUUCCCACCACCUCCGCCCCCUACAAAGGUACCCCCUCCACAUCCGCCAGGUGGGCAGGAUGAAACAGACUAUCCAUCUCUACCCAUGCCAUCUUCUCUAAGGUUUUUAUUCAAAGUGCCCCCAGUGCUACAGGAUGCACAGCCUUCAACAUUAGAGGAAGCUGCAUCUUCUCCAGCACAGAAAAUCCCACCUUCUCCUCAAAUGAUCCCACCUGUUCCACCAAUGAUCCCACGUCCUCCACCAGCAAUGCCACCUCCACCUCCGACAUCAAGAACUCCUCCUCCGCCAGCGAUCCCACCCCCUCCACCACUGAUCCCUCCUUCUCCUAAGGCAGCACCUGCUCGUCCAAAGCAAACCCCACCAGACGUAUCCUCAAAGCAAGCCCAAGUCACAUCCACACCAUUUAAUGUUCCUACACCACCUCCAUUACCCACAGAUCUCAAGAAAGAAGUCAAAGCUAUCACAGCUGAAAAACAGGAGAAACAGCCGCCUCCGCCGACCACCCACGCCGUUGCAACUACAGAGGAAAGUCCUACCCCGAUGGUCACACCGUCCUUAUUACAGAAAGUCCGUCUCAGGUCAAUCAAAUCCAACCUGAGCCAAGCUGAAACUCCUGGUGGACUUCAAAAAGCAAAGCAUCAGACCAAUCAAGAGGCACCCCAAAAGCCUAAAAGAAGAUCUCUGAUUCUGAAUACAUCCGAUCCUGCCUCGCAAUCGGCUACAGAUCAGAAAACUGACAGUCUACCUGCAACUAAUGUACAGGAAAAUCAGGGCACUAUUCCGCCAUCAGACACCGAAACCAAAGCUGAACAGGUUUCAUCGGAUGUAAAACUUGAACCCAACAGCCAAGUCAGCGUCACAGACCAAAAAACUCAACAAGCAAGCACUGAACCAAUCAAAGAGGCCGUGUCUGCUGAAUCAGUACCCCAAAUAUCCAACAAAGUAGAACCUGAACCAAAGAUCACAGUGCAGGAAAUCCAAAAUGAACCAUCAACUACGCUAACCCCUGCUGAACCAAAAGAUCAACUCUUUGCCAGUGACGUAAAAGAAAUCCAAAACGAAUCCAGUACAGCAUUGGUAAAAGCAGAGCAAGAGGUUAAAAUUCCAAGGCCCCAAACCUUAAUACCCACAUCUCCUAAAAUCAAUCCUGCUCAAAAAGUGCCUCCAGUUAGCAUUCCUUCAUCUUCCAUGUCCCUCCAGGAUGCCAUUCGUCUGAAAACCGCUGCCAUGUCGUCUACAGACAACCGAGCGAAGCGCCAGAGUCUGCUGCAUUCCCCUCCGCUGUCCCCAGGGGCCAUCUCGCCGACAUCCACGGCAAACUUCAUCUUCUCCAAAAGCACAAAGAAGGUGGUGAUAGAAAAAUCUCCUUCAUCUCCAGAGUCCAAAUCAGAUCUGAGGAAGACGCUGGUGUACGAGUUGAAAUCUGUUUCUCAAACAUCCAAACCAGCCGCUGAUCCCCAGAAUAUAAAAGCCAAAGUCCCUCCGCCAGUCGCUAAGAAGCCUAGUGCUAAGAGUGAAAAUAUUACCCAUAAUUCCUCAAAGAUUAAUGUGGACACUGAGCAUGUGCAAACUGCUGGUCAGUGAGCACAGCCAGAGAAAAGAAGGUGAUGGACGAUUCAAGGAAUGGGACCCUGUUACUUUUGAAAUUCAUAGACUAUAAUUAAUCCCCAGUGACAUAAGGUGGUGAACAGGAAACCGAAGUGACAAUGCUCUCUGAGAGAGAAAGGUCAUUGCAUGUUGAAGAAGUGGAGAAAAGAAUGAUGAAAUAAAAAGGAAGAAAUUAAAGAAUGAGGAAGAGGAAGAAAAAAGACAGUAGAUUUGGACGGAAUUAAUGCAGGAAGGAAAAUUGAAGAGAAAAACAUUGAGAUUGAAAAGAAAAGGACAAAGCAAAGCAAUCAGGAACACUUGCAGUGAGAAAGUAUGAACUCAUGAGAAUUCUGUAUUUGUAAAACAGUAGAAAAGCUUUUUUUUUUUUUUUUUUUUUUCCCGCAGAAGGUGUUGGUCUUUCUGACGUUUAGAGAAUUUAUGAUGAUGUAAAUAAUUUGCGAUGUACAGUUCUAACUUUCUGCCCAGAACAAAUUUAAACAGGUCUAUUGACUGGACCUUGAUUAGUUAUGUUCGAUUUUAAUAUAUGACAUUUCUUUGUGCACUACUAGCCUGUAUCUGGGGAAUCACUGAAUUAGGACCUUUAUAAUUUCCUUAAUUUCUGCUGUAUUAUUAACAACAAUUUCUCUAACUUAUUGUUAAGAAAGAGCGAUCUGAUGUUCAUCCAAACACUAGAGGUAUCUCUGGUACAGUCUUGUUUAACUGCUUUUCUUUCGCUUAUUGUCCUUGUUGUGAUGUUUUGAUUUCAUAACUAUCUGAGAUAUAUUUACACAAAGCAGUACAGCAUGUUUGAAAUGUUAUAAUUAAUAACAGGCAUUUUUAUGUAGCCUGCAAUCGCUUUCGUUUAAAGAGCAGUAUGUUAAAUUUUCGUUUAUUUUUUUUUUAAAGCACCUUAUAAUCACCACUGACAUGCACACUGGAUUAUAACCAGGUCUUUUUUCAAAAUUUUAAAACAUUAAACACAGUCUGAAGUA